ACCACACCGGAAAAGUGACGUCAUAAAACAGGAAGUGAAACGUAUAAAACAGGGCGGGUUAAUGUUGACGUUUCAAUUUUUUUUGUUUAAAAUGAAAAAAUAGAAAAUGCGUUUCGUCCCUUUGUCGCACUUUACAACGACGUCAAGUCUCUUAAACGCGCGUGUUUAAUUUUUAAAAAAACAUUUCUCCACAGGGACUUUUAACGUUUUAAUCUUUUUUUUUUACAAAAAUCCCUCAACCGGCCUAACGAAGGCUUUUGACCGACCUCGCCUGAGCAGCCGAAGGGAAAACCCCGCGGAGCAUCUCAGGCGACACCGAGGAGAGGCGAAUGCCUCCCAAGUUUAAGCGGCACUUGAGGGACGAAGAAGUCAUCGGUUCGGGGAGCAGCGAAAGGAGAAAUCUCCUUGCGGACGAUGACUCGGAGGGCGAAGACUUCUUCCUGACUGGCCCCACAAUACCGCGCCUGCCACAGAGGAGCGAUGCCAUCACACAGGUGCAGGGCCGGGUGGACGAGGUGGUGGACGUGAUGCGGAGUAACAUCGUCCGGGCGGUGGAGCGUGGGCAGAAGCUGGAGGAGCUGAAUCUACAGUCCGAGGAGCUGUCAGAUUCUGCUUCGGCCUUCCAUGCCCAGUCCACCAGACUGCAACGUCGCCUCUGGUGGCAGCAGUGCAAGAUGAAGUUGGUGUUUGGAGCAAUCAUUGUCGUGAUUAUACUCAUCAUUGUAGUGCCAAUCAUCAUCAAGCAGCAACACUAACCGCGGAAUGAUGCCAUCAUCAUCACCAUCAUCACCAUCAUCACCAUCAUCAUCAACAUCAUCAUCAACAUCAUCAUUACCCUCAUCAUCAUCAUUACCCUCAUCAUUACCAUCAUCACC